AUGGCAAGGAUCUCCAAACUUGAAACAACAAACACACACUGCAUCUUCCUUCUCCUCUCCCUGGACAUGGCAUCCAACGGCUUGUGUCCUUCGAUUAAAAACAUUCUUCUUUUAGAUUCUGAAGGGAAGCGUGUGGCAGUCAAGUAUUACUCAGAUGACUGGCCAACAAACAGUUCAAAAUUAGCUUUUGAGAAGUUUGUGUUCACUAAGACUGUUAAGACAAAUGCACGGACUGAAGCUGAGAUAACACUGCUUGAGAACAAUAUCAUUGUUUACAAAUUUGUGCAAGACCUGCAUUUCUUUGUCACUGGCGGUGAUGAUGAAAAUGAGCUCAUUUUGGCAUCAGUUCUUCAGGGUUUCUUCGAUGCAGUCACCCUUUUGCUGAGGAGCAAUGUUGACAAAGGUGAGGCACUUGAGAACUUGGAUCUCAUUCUUUUAUGUCUUGACGAGAUAGUUGACGGAGGGAUUAUUCUUGAAACAAAUGGACCUCUUAUAGCUGAAAAAGUGACCUCCCAUAACAUGGAUGCUGAUGCCCCCUUAUCAGAGCAGACACUAACUCAGGCAUGGGCUACAGCCAGAGACACUUUCACAAGAACUCUUCUAACAUGA